AUGCAUCCACCCAGUGGCUCUUCAGGUCCUCAUGGCUCUAUUCCCGGUAUGCGCCCAGAGAACUCGCGUCCGCGCUUGCCAGCGGAUACCUUCGAGAUAGGUUCGUGUUCUCCUGUAGCGCACUAUGGACCAUCGAUGCUCAUCCAGAGGCAUCUUUCAGUUCCAUCCCAGCAAGGAUCUUCACGAAAUCCAGGAUCUAACAAUCCGGCCGGAGAUUGGUUCUUUUCGUCUUCGACGGGUGCAGCGACUCAUGGCAGAAGUGCCCACCCUAGUAACAUGGACACUAUGAUGGGCACUGCUCCCGCAUACUACGCCCCGCAAGCGGCACCUCACGAUGAGAGUGUCUACGCUCGUCAAUAUCAGGAAUGGGUGGACUCGUUCGACAGCCAGCAGCAACGACAGGCGACCUUUAGUACCACUCAUCAACCUCAGGCAAAUCGCAGCGAACCUUCAUAUCCGUACCAGCAGCAGUACACGGGCGCUGGCCCGAGUCAACAGUACGGCCCGGUCUCAAUGGGAGGACCGCAAUCUCAGCCUACCGCAGGGGCGUCCAGUUUCGACGGCUCUGCCUCUUACACCUCCCAAAACGCAGGCUACACGGAUUACUACGAAGAGAUCCUGGCUGCUGGCCGCGGCAAUCCCUCAGUUCCUUCAUCGCACCCGACGACCAUUCCGCCGAACUUGUAUCAGAGUGCUGAUGCAUCGUACAGCAGCACGCCCGACUCAGCACAUCGUCAUCAGCAACAGACCUUCGAUUUUACGCACGCGCCUCAUCCCCGUCGACCAGAGCGCCCGACCGGCGCCACCGGGGCAGGUGGUUAUGCCCAAUAUAGCCAUCACAAUCAGCCCCAGCCAGCGCAGUCCAACGCUUCCUCGACUCAAGCCUCCUCCCGGUCCCCGACAUGGGCAGAAGAGUCUCGCCGCAAUGCAGCGGACCCGAAGGGCAAAAGUUCCAAUCUUCUGUUUAGGAUGCACCAGCCCACUGCCAAAGGAGCCGAAAGCACGAAUCCGUCUGGGUUACCACAUCAAACCUUACCACAGGGACAAGGGAUAUCGGUUUCAACGAUGGAAGAACCUGCAAAGCGGCCGAAUAUGCGUAAGCGCGCUAGGAGAGACGGUGCUGGGGAAUGGAGUGGGGACGACGAGGGGAGUGAAACGGAAAGUGAGGACGAGGAAUAUGCUGGUGGAAUCAGAGUUGGGAUUCCAGGAGUCGUGAGCAAAGGGAAGGCGAAGGACAGGCAGUCAAGGCUGUGA